GACCGUACAUCUUGCCUUGAUCUUCAAUCUUGUGGAAGCAUAUUCUCGGUAUGCUAGAUACCAAAACACUUGCCGACUAUUCUAAAUCAAGUACGCUAAGUUUAGUUUUUGGUGUGGGUUUUCAGUAUUCAUUGGAAACCUUUGUUCCUGCUACUAUUUCAUUUGUGUUUGUAGAGUAACAUUAUAGAAAUAAUAUUUUAUUGUGUUAAAAAAUAAGCGGAACUUGAAUUUUUUAGGGUUACCUCACCAAUCAGCUGUAGUCAAUGCUGUAGCAACGGAUUGGAAUGUGCAAUUGAAAACUUUUAGUCUGUGGCGAUUUGGCGAUAUUCGAUUCCUUUACAGUGGACACGAGGUGUUUCUAAUGUUUUGAAUUUGAUUUCCGUAAUUUAAUGAUAUUACUUUUAAUCAUUCAAACAUAUUAGUAAAAAUAAUAUGUCCGUAUAAUAUAAUGUCAAUCAAAUCCCAGUCACAUUUCUUAUAGAUUAGUUAAUGUUAAUAAAUUGGCAUGCUCUGCCGGGUGCAUUCGUAUAUUGUUUUAUUGGUGUAGUAGUGUAUUGCAAUGAACGUAGGCAACGAGGCUACUGGAGAGGUAGCUCUCCUUGUUGAUGAGCUCAGCAGAGCAGUGGAGCUUACAUUAAUUCCGACCGUUUCUCAUGAAGAAAGAAGCCAGGCCUAUAAUGCCUGUGAAAGUUUUAAAGAGAACUCACCAUGGUGUGCCCAGGCUGGCCUCCUACUGGCCAGUGGCAAUCAGUACUCACCAGGUGUCAAACAUUUUGGCCUUCAGCUGAUGGAACAUACAGUCAAAUACAGAUGGACUCAGAUAACACAGGCAGAAAAAAUAUUCAUUAAGGAAAAUGCAAUGAAAUUGCUGUACAUGGGGGGUUGGGAGACUAGUCACCUAAAUGAUGCUUUGGCUCGAGUUAUUGUGGAAAUGAUAAAGCGAGAAUGGCCUCAGCAGUGGCCCACCCUCCUUGUAGAGUUGAGUGAUGCAUGCUCCCGUGGACAUAGGCAUACGCAGAUUGUCCUACAUGUAUUCCUUAGGCUAGCUGAAGAUGUGGCUAUUUUACAGACUUUAGAAAACCAUCAGCGACGGAAGGAUAUAAACCAAGGCCUAACACUCAAUAUGUCUGAGAUCUUCGCUUUCUUCAUGCGCCUCAUAGAACAGCAUGUGCAAGAGUUCAGGGAGAAGACAGCCGCUGGGGAUUACGCUGUAGCCGCUAGCCACGUACAAGUCGUACAGGUUGUGUUAUUAACUCUUACUGGUUAUGUAGAGUGGGUGUCUAUAAACCACGUAGUAAUGAACAACGGACGCUUGCUGCAAAUCCUGUGCAUACUCCUACAGGACGAUGUCUUCCAACUACCCGCCGCUGAAUGUUUAUUGCAAAUAGUUAAUAGAAGGGGUUCCACCAAAGAAAGGAAACCUCUUGUGAUAUUGUUUAGUAAAGACGCUAUAAAUUGCAUUCACCGCGCGGCACUAGAUAGUAUCAAUAAGUUUGAUGAAGUACAUUAUUUGUUCCUAAAGAAGUUUUCUCAGGUACUGGCAGGCAUCGCACAACAACUCACAUCUCUAUGGAGCCACCUCACUGAACCAGACACCUGGCUGCCAAUACUCCUCGAGACCAUGUUACUGCUGACGUCACAUCCGUCGCUAACACUAGCGCAUACAGCAAACUCUGUGUGGUUAGCGUUCCUGAAACACGAUCAUAUAUCGAAGCUGCCGUACGUGGUUGCUAUAGUACCCAGGUGGCUUCAAGCGUCUGCUCCUAAAGUACUUAAGGUGACAUACCCAUCGUCUCGAGUAAGCAGCACCAAUGACGCCGUCGCGUACGCUUGUAUGGACUAUGACAGUGAACAGGAAUUUGCCAUAUUCUUCUCUCGAUGCCGCACUGAAAUACUAGAAAGUUUCAAAUUUUGCAUGAUAGCAACACCAUUAGUCACAUGGGGAUAUGUAGAGCAAUGGACGCGGGCUGCUCUAGACAAAGUGGACACAUGUCCACAGCAAAUGGAUACUCAUCAUCCUAUGUUCAUUGAAUGGGAAGCUUUGUCUCAGGUGUUAGACAUAGUCCUAUCCCGCCUCCUACAAGCGGACCCCCGGCCCAGUGUGGUGGAAGGCUUGCAGCUGCUGCAACGCUGCGUGGUGUGCACACCGCCCGCGCCGCUCAUACUGUCGCUGUUGCUCUCCUUCAUAUCCGCGCUCUUCGUAUUCCUGAGUUGCGCUUACAGUCAGCUAGCAGGUCCGGGCGUAGUGGGAGCAGGUGCGGAGCUAUUACCGCGCGUGUUGGACAAGAUCUUCGCGGCGCUGGUGUACGAGGGCACGCCGCCCGACGACCGCCGCUCGCGCUCCGUCAAGAACGUGCGCAGACAUGCCGCCGGACUGCUGGUCAAACUCGGAUCUAAGUAUCCGCUGCUACUCCUCCCCGUUUUCGGAAGGCUACACGAUUUGUGUCGCGCAGCCCUGGCCCGGCCCGACCUCAGCGCGGUAGAGAGUGUGACGUUACAAGAAGCACUGCUACUUGUCUCGAAUCACUUCUGCUGCUACGAGAGACAGAGUGCACUUGUUGCUCAGGUCCUGGGUGAUUGUAGUGAGCGCUGGGCCAGUCUGAGCCCGCACUUAUCAAGCGCAGAGGGUUUAGCGCGGCUCGUGGGGCUGGACGCGCCGCCCACUGAGGACGAGGACGAGCGCGGGCGCGCGCGCCGCACGCUGCUGCACGCGCUCACGCUGCUGCUGGGCGUCGUGAAGCGCACGUGCGUGCCCGCCGACCCCGACAAGGCGGCGCGCGGCGGCUUCAGCAGCGGCGUGACCGCGGCCGGCAACCCCGUGUGGCGCAACCCCUGCGCCGCGCACGUGCUGCCGCUGUUCCCCGCCGCGCUGGCGCUGGCCCGCGCGCUGCACGCGCUGCACGCGCCGCCCGCCGCGCCGCUACACACGCCGCGCUCGCGCCGCCCGCCGCCGAGCGCCGCAACCUGCUGGGCGCGCGCGACCACGACCCGCCGCCCGCCACCCGCCCGCAGGUACACUCACACUAACACACGCCGCGCUCGCGCCGCCCGCCGCCGAGCGCCGCAACCUGCUGGGCGCGCGCGACCACGACCCGCCGCCCGCCACCCGCCCGCAGGUACACUCACACUAACACACGCCGCGCUCGCGCCGCCCGCCGCCGAGCGCCGCAACCUGCUGGGCGCGCGCGACCACGACCCGCCGCCCGCCACCCGCCCGCAGGACCGCAUGCAAAGCUUUCUGCACACUCUCCACGAGAACGUGUGCCACCUAGUGGGUGCCGCAGCGACUACUCUGGGCCGGGAACUCUACGCUGUGCCAGGGCUGGCCGGCUUCCUAGCCGACUCGUUACUGUACGGCCUGGAGUACCUCCCCGACCACUGGCUGCGGCCGAUCGUCCGCAACGCACUCAAACCCCUGCUACAUCACUGCCCACCUGCGCACUACUCAGAUGUUGCGCUACCACUGCUUGAACAUUUUGCACCAUUCAUGUUAACCCACUUAUCAGUACGUUGGGACUACAUCUCGUCUCUCUAUGAAUCUGGUAAACUCGAAGAGGAAGGCGGAAGCGAAUCGCAGGAAGUACUCGAAGAUAUACUCGUCAGGAAUCUCACUAGGGAGCAUCUUGAGGUUUUAAAGAUCUCUCUAGUAGACGGUGGCUUGAGCGUAGAAAGCAGCGUCGACGACAUGGAUGAGGACAAUACGGGAGGGGGCGGCGGAGGCGGGGGAGGAAACGCCGCGCGGGCCCCCGACCAUGUGUCCGAGUUGGGCGCGCUUGUGCUAGCUCAGCCUAACGCUGGGCCUGCAGCGUUAUAUACCGUGCUCCGCGCGCUCACAUGGAACGACUCGGCGUCGUCGCUGCGCGCGUGCGCGCUGGCGCUGCCCGCGCUGCGCGGCGCGCUGGCGGCGGGGCGCGUGUGCGCGGGCGAGGCGGGCGGCGCGCUGUCCGCCGUGCUGCACGCGCUGCGCCUGCACGGCCAGCACGACGCCAACCAGGCCGCGCUGCUGCAGCUCGCCGUGCAGACUUACGAGAUCCUGCGACCUCUAUUCCCGGGCAUAGUGUCCGUCCUCCGCGCCAUCCCCGACGUGGACGCGCACGACCUGCACCGCCUGGAUGAGAAGCUGGCCGCGCAACCCGCCAAGCCCAGCAAGAUCGACAAGAGCAAAAGGGACUUGUUUAAGAAGAUUACCUCUAGGUUAAUUGGACGCAACGUAGGGCAGCUGUUCAAGAAGGAAGUGUACAUCCUGGACUUGCCGACCAUGCAUAUCCUGAAGGAUAAGCCGCGCAGUGCCAUCGACGCUCCGGAGGGCGCCGGCCUAGAACGAUUGUUCGCCCCCAGUGCACCUACUUAGCGCUUUCGCUUGCAACUUCUGUUGAACUUUAUUAUUAUGUCAUUAUACAUAUUAAAUAAAUCUAUUUAUACGAAAUUUAAA